GGAAGAGGAAAAAAGGGAAAAAGCUUAUCCAAACAACACUUCACCUCACCUCCAUAAAAACCCAAUCCAAUCCACCACUAUCCCACAAACAAAAACCCAAUGGCGAAAUCCGCUCGCUCAAGCCGUACAAAAAGCAACAACGCCCGCCUCCGUGCGACCGUUUUUGCGCCGGCAGACGCAGCACGCGCGCAGCGACUUUCGGAGCGGUUACUAGCCGCCGCGAAAGCUCGGGAGGAAGCUAGGAUGCAGGUUGAGAGGGAGGAGCAGGUGAAUGGUGAUGCCGCGCGGGAGAAGGAGGGGGAGCGAAUGGAGCUUGACGGGGAAGAAGAUAAGGAGAAGAGUGCGGGGUCCCUGAAGAAGAUGAAGGGGAAGGGUUCCGCAGGGAGGAUUAAGAGGCGGCAGACUUCUAAGCAUGCCGUUGUUUUCCCCAGUUUGAGGAAGGGGGGAGGGAAGAAGGCGGGGAGGAUUAGCAAAAAGUAGAUUGUGUGUGGGUGAUUUACUGGGCUUGGUAGAGAUGAGGUAUUCGGCUGAUGGUUAUUAUGAUGACGAGGUAAGAUACUGAAAGGUGCCCGUUGUUUGAAUACUAAUAUAACCUUUUUAUCUGAUACCGCUG